AAAAAAAAAAAAAAAAAAAAAGGGAAACCUUGGUCAGCUGUGAUUUCCACUCUAUAAAUGACUGACACGCCGAAAAUCAUCUCCGAUCCAUUUCCUCCACCUUCCCUAGUCUUUCUUCACAAUCACACGAAACCCCUCUUUUAAGUUACAAAUCCAAAACUCUCUCCCUUUAUUUCAUCAUUCAAAUCUCUUCAUAAAUUACUAGUUUAGUACCAUGAAAUUUGACACAAAUAAUACAUCACCACAAAAUAAAGAACAGAACCAACAAGAAGAAGAUGAUGAUCAUCAGGAUAUUAAUAUUAGUACUAAUGAUGAAGUAGCUCUUCUUCCCAAGGAGGAGGAACAACAGCAUCGGCUAAGUUAUAUACCUCCUCUGAAUUUUGCAGUGGUUGACAAUGGCAUUUUUCGUUCUGGUUUUCCUGACUCCCCAAAUUUCAGCUUCCUUCAAUCUCUUUCCUUGCGCUCCAUCAUAUAUCUAUGCCCUGAACCAUACCCAAAGGCUAAUAUGGAGUUCUUGAAGACAAAUGGGAUAAGGCUAUAUCAAUUUGGCAUUGAUGGAGCUAAGGAACCGUUUGUAAAUAUUCCAGAGGAUACAAUUUCUCAAGCAUUGAAAGUUGUGAUUGAUGUUAGGAAUCAUCCUCUGCUGAUCCACUGUAAAAGAGGAAAGGUUAGUGCAUUAUCAUUAUUUCGACGAUAAUUUUCUGUAAUAACACUAACUUUGUGGAACAUUCAUUGAAUGUGACUUGGGUACCGAUUAUCUUUGGUUUGUUUUCUCAUUUAUGUACAUAGCACCGAACUGGUUGUUUAGUGGGAUGUUUAAGAAAACUGCAAAGAUGGUGUCUAACUUCUGUGUUUGACGAGUACCAACGCUUCGCGGCUGCGAAAGCCCGGAUCUCAGAUCAGAGAUUCAUGGAGCGGUUUGAUGUGUCGAGCUUCAAGCAUCAUUCUCUCUCGUUUUCCUGCUCAAAAAGAGGUUGUAUAUGAAUGUGGCUGAGGUACAGCUUUUCUGGCGGAAUAUUGAUAUGUCGAGCCGAAAACGGGGUUAAGCAUCGAUCUGUUGUUGAUUUGAUUCAUAAUCUUAACGAAGUAAUCCAUCGUUGUAGUUUGAUUUUUUUGGUUUCAUUUCCAGUUUUGGAUUAGAUUUGAUGUAUUAAUAAGUUAGUAUGGAUCAGAUCACUGCUCAUUCUUGAUCAUCCUGAAUCCUGAUUGUUCCCGCUGCAAGUCAGCUAACCGAAACUACAUGUUCGUCCUUAGGGAAAGGAAUACAUAAAUUAAUUCCUCUUUUUUUUUUUAAUUUUAAUAACC